UUCAUGUCAUCGGCAUCACGGAGACUUUUGUUUGUCAUCCAGAGAGCGGCGAUGGCGAGGAGGACUUCCACCAAAAAGUCCCUGAAAAGUCUCUUCUCCAGGAGCGAACCCAACCUGGACGAGUCGACGACGGACGAGACGAAGAAGCCAGACGACAAAAAGCGGUUCAAGUUGCCAAAGUUGAAGAUAAAGUCGAUAGGGAGCCCCUCGUCCUUCAAGGCAUCGGGCAAAAAGCAGCAUGUGCUCAGUGCUGCUGAACCAAUUAACAGUCCGGCGGAUGGACCUGGCUGGGAUAACAAGACAAGCACUUCCAUCUAUGCCACCGCACCAAGGUCAAAGACCCAAGAAUUGAGCUACUCCGAGACAGAUCUCAGUAAGCCCAAAAGGUUUGCCACCUUUUCCUUCGGCCUUCUCAAAAAGAGGAAAAAGAAGAAAGAAGAGAAUAUAUCCAGGAGCUCUUUUGGCCUCCACAGCCCUGACGUCGAAGAGUACGAUGAGAACCAUGCAGACUUCAGUCAGGUGGAUGAGGAUCAGGCCAGAAGAAAUGCGAAGCUCAGCAUGUCCCAGCCAGUGCUCGACACCAGUGAUUCCUUCGACAUCCCUUCUCCUCCUUCUAUCCAUUCAAAGCUGUUAGAAUCCUACUUUGCUGCCUCAAACCGGACCCCCGUCACUCACACGGCCAUAGUAGAACCUCGAGAGCCUCUAACAAGCGACUCAGACUUUCUUCUGCAUCAUAAGGCUCAAACAGCACCGAUUGCAACAAUUCCUGAGAUGCAGCAAGAUGACAAAGUUCCUUCAAAGGAUAAAGACAACGUUCUUGUCGUUGACAACCAAUCUGAAUCAGUCUACGAAUCGGUGUGGGUAGAUACUGCUUCUCUAUCUGAAGAAACAGCCCCAAAGCAGGAACAGACUGAAUUGUCUUGCUCAGAUUACAAAGGAGUAAACAUCAACUCAUCUGCUACACACUUUGAAGAUCAGUCUGGAAACAGCAACGUAUCGAUCGCAGAACCCAUCAGUGCACCGCUUUCUUAUGAAGCAGAUGCCCCAGACGCACCUUUUGGUCAAACUCCAAAAAGUCAACCCUCCUUGGCUUAUACUGACAUUGAUGUUCCUCUGCUGUCAGAGCCUGUUGCUUACACAGAACCUGUAAUGGUACAACAAGAGGACUUAUUUCCUCACACUGAGCAAUCCAUCCCUGACUUUGCAGAAAAAGUCACAAAGCCGUCGGCUGAUGAAAAGCUUGAUCUCCCUGUCAACCGAGAUGCAGUUUAUGGAGCUUUGUACGAGUCAUUGUUCCCACAAAGUUUCACCUCUGAGAUCAUGUCUUCUCUACCGACCAAUCACGUUGAAACCUCCCCUGGUACAAGAACAUUUAAAUCGGAGCAAGUUAUGAUUGAAACCCAAAGAGAUGAACAUUACCCCAGGCUGUCAACUUCAAGUGUCACCGAUAGAAUAGAUCAUGCGUUCACGGUUUUCAAUGAGCCGAGGUUUUCUUCUUACAAUACCCCUACAGCCUCCGAGGCUCAAAUGACCACAAAUAUCCCCCACAGCUCUUCCUCUUCUUAUUCCUAUUCGGAAGUAGUUGACAACAACCCUUAUCCAGUCCACAUCCAUGCAGACAUCAACUCAAUCAGCUUCAGUCCUUUUGAAGACAAACUUAUUGCUUCAAACUCUGCCCCUCCUGUUUCUGACCAAGUAUCAUCCCAAGGGACAGACACUCAGGUUACCGACUCACUAGGAAGGGCGAUUGUAGUCAAAGAAAUAGUCUCCAACAAGAAUAGCGCAGACUCUGGUCCUUCCUCAUCGAUGUCAAAUGACAUGACCACAGAGAAAGGUCUUAGAAAGAAAAUGGACACAGCAGGUAGUCCUCCUGAACUCACAGAGGGUUAUACUGUUCCUAGCAGCCCCGUGUAUCUGAGCGUUGGAUCGGAUGUUGGGAGUGCCAUGGACAUUUAUUACAGCGCAGAGGAGGACAGCUUGGACAGUUUGGAUGAGCAGACGUACAUUAUGGAUAAAAUAGAAGAACGUUUUCUGGGACCCUCAAGAGUCACUAAAUUUGAGGAGUACCCACUGGAGAAGGAGACCGAAAGGACCAUGGAUAAUGUGGAGCUACAUGGGGGAAACAAGGAGACGGAAGAGGUUUGUGAUCUCCAGGUUGAUAUGCAUCAAUUACUAAUAAUCCAGAGGGAGGAAUUUCAAGUGCCAGAAACCGGUGGAACCGAGUUUUUUAAAGUUAAAGACGAAAGUAUUGAGGGGACACAGUUUGCUGCCAAAGCACUGCCGCCGAUAAAAGAAGAGGAGUUACUGGUCAAUCCGGUUCUGCAGGUGAAAACACAGAUGGUAUGUGAGUUUGCUGCACCCUCCAGUCACCCGCAGGGGGAGGGGACUCGUGGAAACUGGAUCGAGGUCAUUGACACAGCAGGGACGAAGCCCCCAAGUCGGGACUUACAGUAUCUGCCAGAUAAAGAUAUGCAAAGUAAGAAUGUAUUUAGGACCGACGUGAACGAGGAAGACUUAAGGACAUCUGAAUUUAAAGAGAAAGAAGAAAGACUUUCACCAACCGUUGAAAAAAAGACCCCCGAUGUCACACGUGUGGAAAGAGCCAUCACAGAGAUCUUCAUCGCGAGCACGUUGAUGCACAAUGCUGAGCUGCAAUCAGCAGCCAUUGCAGUCGAGCACAAAAGGGCUCAACAGGAGCGCGAGUGGGUGGAUACCAUUUCUGAGAGCGCAGAGGGAAACUUGGCAAGGCAAGAACAGGUGGCAGUAGAGCUGUCAGACCUCAAAGCUAACACACACCCGCCUGAUAGGGAAGCUCCAGAGACUCUUUUGGAGAGACGGCAGCAUCCGCCAGACGUCCCGGCUGAUCUCAAACCAAGGUGCCUCGCAGCCGCCUCGGAAACCUCUUUUUCCGAAGAACCCAAGACAAACGCCGACCAAGAACCCGAUGACAAAAUGAAUACAGGCUACAGCAGCCUGAGCACCACACUCUCCAUGAGAAAUGCGCCCCCAGAUCAACUUAACGAAUCUCGUUACGGAAUCCGUAAAGUAUCCCUGGUGCGUGAGACUGGCAAUGCCGCCACACAGGGUACUGUGGACUUCAACAGAGCAGAGUCAAAUGGGACAAGUCUUGGCUCGGAGUAUGACUGGAAGAAUUCAAUUGAUAGUGCCUCCAGAUAUGCAUCUAAAAGAGAAGAACCCUUUGAUACUCUGAAAUACAAACUGUCUGACACCUCCUCCAGCACCUACUCCUCUGUCCUCCCUGAGGCCACGUCAUACAGCUACACUGGCAGCAAAACUCAGAGCGAGCUGGCCAGAGAGCCGGAAGGUGACUGGGGGCGGAGCUCUUUAAGACGGGAGGAGUCUUCUGCACCUGCAGACGACCCAGACGCAUCCUGUUUUACUGGAGUCUUUAAGGCCACGCUCGUGGAGCUCGACGACCCGGCGGCCUCCUACACGCCCCCGGCCUCCCCCGACACAGACGCAUCCCACCAGUACGACAUGGAGACCCUGAAGGACACGCUGAAGAGCAUGGGGCCCCAGCUGAGGCCGAGGGGCAUGGGUCUGCGGGGACCUCCGCCGGUCCUCCAUUCCGCUCUUCCCCCGAUUGGCGAAGAGGUCCCCAGCCCCGUCACCUCUGACGUCUCCAGUCCCACGAAUAAGAUGCAAGCCGGCACAACUGCUGAGGCCCUCAAUGGAAUUUACACUCUACCUCCUAACCUGGGCCUGAAGAAAAGCUCCACUAGAGACACACGAUCACCAAUGGAGUUAAUGAAGAAGGAUCUGCCUGGGACGAGAGCCGCACCCCUCAGCCCCAACCGAGCAUCAGCCACCAGAAGUGUUGUCAUGAGGCAAUCCUCCGACGAUUCCAACGGACAAUCUGCCGGCUCUCGCCUGGACACCAGCGUCAUCUUCGCCAAUUACCGCUCUUCCUCUACGGAUCACAAACAGGAAAACGGCAAGGUCCAUCAACCAGUGACUCGCACCGGUUCCCUGCCAAGUUUUGGCUCGUCCAGUCUACUUAAGGAGCUCAGUGAAGUCAACACCACAACAGACUCACCGGGUUCUCGCUUUGAACGCUUAUCUUUCCUCAUGAGCGCCCCACCCUCGUCAGGCUUCUCGGGCGGAGCUGAUGACCUCAGCGGUCGCUUGGGUCGGCCAUCGCUGCAAAGCAGCACCACGCCACUUUCCAGCAGCCUCAUCAGCCCCUCCACUUCCUUGGAACAUCACAGGUUGUUCCCCACCACAGAGUCCUCCGUAUCUAAGUUUGGGCAUACUUUGGGUCAGGGGAUGGGCACCAAUGCACUUGGCACCAAUGCACUGGGCACUCAGGCACUGAGCACCCAUGCACUGGGCACCCAGGCACUGAGCACCCAUGCACUGAGCACCCCUACUAUGCAGAGGAGCUUCAGUCAUGAUUCCAUCCCAGUGGGCACCCAGAAGAACUUGCCGACCCAAAACAACCUGUCCAGGGGGUCUCAAGUCCAGGCACCUGAGCCAGAGAGGCACGUAAAAUACAGAGCCUUCCCAGAUGCCUAUCUCACCAAAGAAAAGGAACAUGGCAAGCUCAACCCUCGACCCGGAAAGCUGUAUAUUUUCGACCGGCCUGGCUUGUGUGGCCAGAGGAUCGAGCUGCAUAGCGAUGUUGUCGACGCUACAUCUUGGGACCUGCAGGAGACCAUCUCUAUCAGGGUGGUCAGAGGAGGCUGGGUGUUGUACGAGAAGCGUAACUUUAAAGGGGAGAAGAUCGCCCUGGAUGAGGGGGACAUAGAGCUCACGUGCCCCUUCAACCCCCCCGAGGAGGAGCAGGUGAAUGGAGAGAAGCAGCAGAACGGGCAGCAAAAGGACGAACCCAGUGAGGAGCAGACGGAAGCGAAGCCGGCCAAGAAGUUCAUCAUUGGGUCUGUUCGAAGAGCUGUGAGGGACUACAGCGUGCCGGAAAUCAGCCUCUUCCCAGACGUGAACGCAGAAGGCAAGAAGGUGAUCUUUCGAGAUACGUCUGAAGAUGCAAGGAUUUUUGGUUUCCCCAUCAAGGCCAACUCCAUCAUCAUAAACGCCGGACUAUGGCUUGUAUUCGCCAAGCCCUUCUUUGAGGGGGUGCCACGCGUCCUGGAGGUCGGGGGGUAUUCCAAUCCUGAAGCGUGGGGCGUGGAACAGCCCUAUGUGGGGUCAUUGCAUCCGCUCAAAGUCGGUGAGCCCAGGGUGGAAAAUAUCAGCGAACCAAAGAUCGAGAUCUUCGAAAGGUCGUACUUCACCGGCAGAUCGAGGGUCAUCACCGCCAACAUGAAGGAUUUCAUGACCCGACUGGACAAGCACCAGAGUGCCUUCAUGUACACGGCGGGGUCCCUCAAAGUACACGGAGGAAUCUGGGUGGGCUAUGAGAAGGAGGGCUUCAGGGGCCACCAGUACUUGCUGGAGGAGGGCGAGUACCACGACUGGAGGGUGUGGGGAGGCUCCAACCCCGAGCUGCGCUCCGUUCGGGUCAUACAAGCUGACCUGAGCGAGCCCUUAAUGGUGAUGUUCGAGCAGCCGGAGGAAGAGCAGGGUGCCGGCGAGCAGGAGGAGAACACCUUCGAGGUGACGGAGGCCAUCCCGGACGUGGAGCUGUUUGGCUACAAGACCAACACCCGUUCCAUCCAAGUCUACAGCGGGGCGUGGGUCGCCUACUCCCAUGUGGACUUCUCCGGAAGCCAAUACAUCCUGGAGAAAGGCUUCUAUAGUAAUUCUGCCGACUGGGGUUCUCCGGACACUCGCAUCUGCUCCGUGCAGCCGAUCCAUCUGGCUCCAACUGACGGUAACAGGACCAGGAAAGAGAUACUAUUGUACUCCGAGCCGGACUACAAGGGCGACUGUCUUAUCUUCAGCUACAAGCAGGAAGCGGAAACGGAAAACUUCCAGACCAAGUCGUGCAGAGUGGUGGGAGGGAGCUGGGUUGUGUAUGAGAAUAAAGACUUCAGCGGGGUCAUGUAUGUCCUAUCAGAAGGGGGCUACACCUCGUUAGCGAGCAUGGGCUGCACGUCCAGCACCUUCAUCCGCUCCGUCAAGGCCGUGCCAAUGACCUUCUCAGUCCCUUCCAUCUCGCUGUUUGGCCUGGAGGGUCUGGAGGGGAGGGAGAUCUCCACGGACUCUGAGCUCCUCAGCAUGGUGGGAGAAGGCUUCAAUGAUCACAUCCUGUCCGUCAGAGUGAACAGUGGCUGGUGGGUGCUGUGUGAGUACAGCAACUAUAGGGGGCGCCAAUUCCUCUUGGAACCGAUCGAAAUUACCAACUGGCCCAAGUUCAGCUCCCUGCAGACCGUGGGCUCCAUGUAUCCUGUCAAACAGAAGCGGCUGUUUUUCCACAUCAAAAAUGUGGACAGCGGCCACUUCAUGUCCAUCCAGGGAGGCGUGGAGGAGAUGAAAUCUGGACGGGUGGUGGUCUUGCCGGAAGCGGAGCCCAUGAGUGACAUCUGGUUCUAUCAGGAUGGAUUGAUCAAAAAUAAGAUGUCCUCAGUAAUGAGCCUCCAGGUGAUAGGCACGGUUGAACAAGGGGCCAAGUUGGUUUUGUGGAACGAUACACGGCAGCGUCCUCAGACUUGGGUGGCCCAAAUGAGAGGCCCCAUCACCAGCAUCGCUUUCCCUGGCAUGGUCAUGGAUGUUAAAGGCGGCAAUACCUACGACAAGGACUAUGUUGUGAUUAUGCCCGAGGGUGAGAGGCAAAGCCAAAAUUGGGAGAUCGUACUGCUGAAUUAGAACCCUCCCAAAUAUGCUGCUCUCACCUGUAUCCUGACAACGCUUCGUAUCCUUCGCCCUGGCCUUAUUAUUAGGAACCAGGAGCCAUCGCUCGCAUACCUGCCUUAAACAUUUAACCCAAUGUGAAAGUCCAUAACUAUUUUUUAUAGUAAUAUAUGCAUCAUGUGUGAGGACACGCCCUGAAAUUCCUCCUUUGUAUUUACUUUGACCUGCAGAAAUAUAAUCACACUUACUUACUUUGAUGCUUGCAGUUUGCAAACCAUACACAUAUUUAAGUUGCCGACUAACGCUUAAAUGGGUGGAUAAAUAAAGCCAAAGAAUGUACGGUAUAUGCAAAAAAAAUAAAAUAAAAUUAAGCUAUUUUUAUAUACAUAUUGUAUGUUUUUCUCGUUGCAGUAUUGCAUGGGAAGUGUAUGUCCAGUUUCUAUCAAGUGUUAAAAAUAAAGUGUAUGUCAUUGUUUGAUAUGUAAUAAUAAUAUAUGUAGAGGGUGUGGUUUUAAAAGUGCCUAAUAAAAACAACAUGUCAAAUAAAAAAA